UGUCAUGUGAGUGCCUAAGGUCAAGGAUUUCUACAAAUAAAACCGAAAAAAGCAACAGAUCUGUAUAUAGGUUCAAGAAAGUAACAAACCCAUUAAAUAUGGGAUGCUGCUUUAGCAGCGAAGAUGAUAAAGACACACUGACUAAUGAGCCUGAUGAAACAACUAGACUUAUAAACCCUGUACAAAAUCAUUCACCAAGAUCUGUUUUUAGUUGCUGCUGUUGUUAUGGUAUCAAAACAGAAGAACCGAAACCAGUGUUUACAGAACCUCCCCAGCCCUAUAAUCCACCUCCUAUAAUACAAACACUACCUAGUGGUCCAAGCAGUGAGCCAGCAAUAAUAAGCCAUCCAAAAGGAGAUGAACAGUCAGCGUUAGAAAGAAUAUUACAGAAAACAGCAAGGGAUGUGAUAGAUGUUACAAAUGAAAGUAAUUUAGUAGAACAAACAGAGUAUCAAGAGAGAACUAGACAGUAUAGCAACAGAGUUAACAUGGUAGUAGGUGGCAGUAGUCGGUUAAAGCAGAAACCAAAUCUACCUAAUUGUGUUACAGCUCCACAGUCAGUGCUAGCCAGUAAACCUAUUUCAUUACAUGAUAUUCAGUUGAUAACCAAUGCUACAGAGAAAGCAUCUAGAUGCAUAAAAGAGAUUAAGGUUCAGCAUAAAGAGAAUUUAGUCGUACCGUUUGGUGUUCCAUGAUAGUUAUUUGUUAUAUUAGGAUUUAUUGUUAAAAAUUCAUUACUGCACAUAUGUACAUAUAUGUAUUUAUGUAUAUAAAUGUAUGAGAGGGUGUAUAAACUGUGAGAUAGAUUUACAAUUGGAGAGAAGAAUUGUUGUAUGUUUGUAUGAUUUGAAGGUCGGAGUUCAUCAUGUUUAUUGAGUGAAAAUCUAAUGAUCGAAAAUGUUUAUUUUGUUCCAUAGUCACUAUUGUUUAUGCACAUUUAAUUAAUGGAAUUAGAAUUAAUUUAUUUAUUGUAUAUGAAAUCGGGGUACAAUUUUUAAUUCACCAAUUUUUACAAUCGAAAAACAAACAAAAAACAUAUUAACAAAUAAAUAUAUUUACUUUAGGACCUAGAUACUUUGUGUUCCCAAUAUGAAAUUUCAUGGUUUAUUCUGUGGAAGUUCUUCUGGACACACACCAAAGUUCUCAAAAUAUCAAAUAAUUUUUUUUUUCUAUAAGAUAGAUUCUGAUUGGACUACAUGAAAUUGUAUGAGAUCCUUAAUUAUUGUGUUCUAGUAAUGUUCAUGCAUGGUGAGCAAUAUCAAGGCAGGAUGAAAGCAAAUCUUGCUCAAAUGUUAUAAAAUAUGUUUUCUUUCAAUAUUUGACAACGUCAAAUGCAAGAUUUUAUGAUUUCAAAAUAAAUGUUUACUAGGUCCUUUAGAUCGAAUGAGUGCAUUUAUGUGUUUACAUCAUUCUUUUUUACUCUUACAUACUACUAUUGUUACUUGCCUUGAUUUAGAACUUUUACCUAUUUUCGUUUUGUGAUACAUGUAUUGAAAUGUCUAAAGAGUAAAAGUUCUUUCAGAAGAAAAAUUGUUUAUGCAUACAACUUGCCUUUUAGUUACUGCAUGUCAUUAAAAUGCCUUACUUUGGAUUCAUAUAAUUUCAUGGAUGUCAAAUUUUGUGAAUUGAAGAAAAAUGUAUUUAUUUUGAACAUUUAAAUUAGAAGUCCACUUAUGGCAACAAAUUUGGUACCUCACUCUCACUAAUAUAUAUAAAUUAACCCACUGUAAUUAAUUUCAGUGCUGUAUUUCACAUCUCCUUCAAUUUCAAUCUUUGUUUGAGAGGUGAAAGGUCAAUCACAAAUAACUUUAAUCAUAAGAUGUUCUAUCAAUGCUAUUUUAAUAAUCUUGUAUCAAUAACCUUGGCUAUGUGGGGGUAAAAUGGCAGGCUACUCUAGAUCUUUUGCCAUCAUUUGUAAACCUUUUUGGUUGCUAUUAGUUGUUUGGCUACUGUCUCCAAUGAUAUUUUCUAUUUACUUUUAUUCAUUUGAUAACAUUUCAUUGGUUAAAGGUAUGAUGAAUCAAAUAUAUAAUUCUAAACAUUUAAAGGUGUAUGUUAAAAGGUUAUUUACAGAAUAUAUAUUUUUUUUUCAUUAAUUAGCUUAUGCCUCAUAUAUACAAAUGGAAGUAAAUGAUGUUGUUACUAUAUACAAUGUUUAUCAGAACGUAUUGUCAUACACAUAAGGAAUGGUAGCUCUAAAAUUAACCAGAAUGUAAUUGUCAAAUAACCUUUCGGCCAAACAUGUGCAUGUUCACUUUAUGAAGAGCUUUAGAUACUUGGUGCAUAUAAAUAAGUGCUGCUCAUAUGUGCAAUUAAUUAUAAUUUAGUUGUUUUUGUAUAUUGAAAUGAUAAAUUUUCUGAUUCUGUGUCCUUACUUUGCUAACAAGGAUCUGACAAACACUUCUUUUUUUUGAAGACCCUUUGGGGUCGUCUUGAUUUGUCCUAAUGCUACAUAACUGCAAAAAUUUGAAAGGCGAAAUUUUAUUGGCUAACUUAAUAUUUACUGGAACAGAAAGUAAAAUGGGGUUUGUCAAGUCUUUGUAAGCAAAAUGAUGACACAUGAUCUGUAGUUUUAUUAUCAUAUUGUUUUUAUAUCUGCCUAUUUUGUUAUAGAAAAUGUGUAAUGAUGGAUACUGUAUUUAUGAUUGAGAUACAUUAAAAUGGGUUAAUUCCUUAGAUUUUAAGUUUCCUGAUUCAAAAGACCAAACCAUAUUUCAAGGAUUUAGUUGUGUAUUUUUUGUUGUCUUUUAUUCUGUUCUUUCUUCAAGAUGAGAUUUAUGUGGGGAUAUUUUUGGAGAUUUAUUCUGAAUCUUCAAAAUUCCCUGCUUACCAAUAAAGGAGAAGUGAAAAUGUAUUUAAUAUUAAUAUAACCUUUUCUCAAAAGCUGAAAGAAUGAGUUGGUGAAGGUUCCUACAAUUCAAAUGCUUAGCUAUCAUUUUUUUGAAGGGUUCCCAUCCAAUAGCAUUUAAUUUAUUUCUAAGUAAGAAAAAUAGUUGAGUAUACAUCCAAUGCUUAAGACUAUAUGACUUUCUCGAUAGUUUCCUUAUUUCAUUUGUUUUCUUGUUAUAGCACAAACUAUUAAUUACAAAAUGAAACUACAACAAAAAGAGAUAAAGAUUAUUUUCAUUUAAGUUUUAUUAAAAUGAACAUUCCAUCACUUGGAUAUAAGAAUUUUGAAACCAACUUGUUGAUUGUAACUUAUUUUAGGAUAAGAUAUAGAUGUGAAAUAAUAACUUAAAGUAAAUUGUAGAUAUUACCAGAAUGUUGCCAUUUACAUGUGCAAUAUUUUGUGUGAUUAAUUGUUCUAUUUUUUAUGUCUACAUCAUAAUCUGUGCUUGAAAUGUAUGUUGGAAGAUGGACAUUUUCACAAACAUUAUUAUGAAUAAAGACUUCUUAUCAA